ACCAUGUGGUUACCCCAGUGAAUUAGGCAUAUCAGUCAACGUAGUCUAAGGAUAUCAAGCAGUCAGACAUUUUAUGUUCAAAAUGUCUAAGGAGAGAGAACAGGAUGGCGAGAAAACACGGGAUUGUAUUGUGAUUGAGGAUGGGGCUAGUGGAUAUCCCCUCGACAUGUUCUGUAUCCCCAACCACUACCAAGGCACACUGGAUCGUAUUCUUAUACCAGGAGGACUCAUCAAGGACAGAAUUGAACGAUUAGCCCAAGAUAUUGUACGUGACUUUUCAUCAGAAGGAAUGGUGGCGCUGUGUGUGCUAAAAGGAGGCUACAAAUUCUUCACAGACUUACUAGACAGAAUAAAACAGAUGAACAGCCAUAUGGAAAAACCUCUCCCUUUAGCUGUCGACUUUAUACGCCUUCGGAGCUAUGUAGAUGACCAGUCAAGUGGCAAAAUAGAAGUGAUAGGAGGAGACAGUUUGGAAAACCUCAAAGGAAAGAAUGUACUGAUCGUAGAAGACAUCGUAGACACAGGACGGACAAUGGAACGUCUACUGGAACACCUCAAACAGUUUGAAUGUAAAAUGGUGAAAGUUGCUAGUCUUUGUGUGAAGAGAACUGCCAGACGAUCAGCCAUUAUUGGUUACAGACCAGACUACACAGGAUUUGAGAUACCGGAUGAAUUUAUAGUUGGAUACGCAAUAGACUACAACGAAUAUUUCCGUGAUCUCAAUCAUGUAUGUGUUGUAAAUGAAGUAGGCAAGAAGAAAUAUGCAGUCCAAAAGUGAUGUACUACGUAACAUAACAACACUUCAUACCUAUGGAACUUACGAUGCUCCUUAAAAACACAUUUUGUCUGUGACUUUAAUGUUCAGGAAUAAAUAUUGGUGUCGUCCAGCUUAUGAUGACAUGAACAAUCAAUGGCAUUAGGACAUGUUUAGAAAAUAUUGCGAUUAUUGACCAGCCAUGAACCCUACGCAGAAACUUCCUGUUUUGUAUCUGUACAUAAAGAAUUGUAGUGUGUUCAUUGACCUUGAGUACCAAAGAUAUAUGACCUUACAGUUGAUUGCAUGUUGACCUUGAAAGAAAUUGAUGGAUUUUUGUUAAAAACCACAAGCAGAAGUGUGUGACAUUGAGUUUUCACCAAAGGUGUGAUUUAUAUGAACCAAAUAGUGUAAUUGCAAGGUCAAAAUAUCAUAGAGAGUGUAAGUAAGGAUGAGACAGUGUAAGGGGUCAAAUGUUGUACAUUGUUACUGUUUAUAGUUUAACAAUAUGCCCUCAUUUAUAAAUACAAAUUAUGGUUGUGUUCUUAAAAUACUUUAAUUUGAUUGCUAGAUCAGCUUCUCAUAGCACAAACCUGUGACUACAAUAUGUCGGGCCAAGUAAAACUCUUAAGCCCUUGUCAACUUCUUACCUGUUAAGUUGUAACAUCAUGACUGGGUCAGACUAGCAUGUACCAGGAAUCAUAACAACAAGCAUUAUCAAUCCAAAAUUGUUGUGGUUUGGUGAUAUAAUCUGGUGAUAAGGUGUUUUGAUAUAUAUGAUAAAGGAAUAUCAUAGGAAAAUAAAUGAAAUUCUUUUGUAUAAUAUUGAGUCACUUUGAUAGAUACAUGGAUGCCAAUUCUCUUAAGAACAGAGUUGCGAAGUGAUCUUUUAAGAAAAGUCAAAUUUUGUGGGGAAAAAAAGUUGUAUAGACAGUUGUUGGGUUUUACUGUGUUUAGAAAUAAGUCAACAGAAAAUGUGAAAAAAAACAUGUUGUUUUUUUCAAAUCUGUACUUCUUAGCUGGAGUAUUAUGAAAAACAUUAGUCCCAAUAUUACAGAUAAAUCCCUGUCCUUACAUAAACUAACUUAAUAUGUUUUAAGCUACAUCCCAAAGCCAAUUGCGAAGUGAUAUAUUGUCGUGUCUAUAUAAAGGAAGAUCUUUACAAGAAGUUUUACAAUUUUUUUUAUCAGAAGAGGUACAAAUUUGAAUUUGCCAAUAUUUUUUAGUGUAACAAAAUCAUCAAAAGUUAUCAGGUGUAUGCUGACCUAUAAUUAUAGUGAUUUUAUUAUUGAAUUUGCCUUGAUUAUGAAAAUACAUUAAAUGUGAAAGAAAAAUGUUUACAUUAUGUCAAAAACAUGAUGUGGUGUAAUUAUUGGGAAACAAAAUAUUGGAAGGAAAAUUAAUUUAUGUAAUAAGAAUUGGUUCCUUAUCAGCAUAUUGUGUCUGUUAGUAAACAACAGUAAUUAGGAAGAUGAUUCAUUAGUAGAAAUAUUUCAUUGACACUUAUCGAUAAAGUUGCUGGUAGUUUUUAUUUUUUUGUUGAAUUAUUUUUGGUUUUUUUUUUUCCCAUCAAUUACUCCUAAAUAUAUGUCAAAAUGGACACAGGUAGGAUUCAACCAUUUGGAUAGUUUUGAGAACACACACUUUGGGCAUUAGAAAAAUAAGUCUUUACUUAUUGAGAGAGUACUUUAAGUAAUAAGAUUGUUUUGUUGUAAGAGUCUGAGUGAAUAAGACAAAAUGAAAAAAAAAAAAAACUGCAUGAUCAUUCAAGCUGAGACAUUUUUAAGCUUGCACAUUUGUUAAAUACUCUGACUUAAUUCACAAAUUAUCAUGCAGGAACUCUUGUAAAAUUGUAAAUGUUUUAAUUUUGAUGGUAGUGUAUUAGGAAGAACGUUUUUUGAUGUCUUAGUUUAAAUGUAACUAAAAAUUAGACAUACUGUUCACUGUGUUGAUGUUGAAUCUGUUGUUACAUGACGAUAGAAUGUACUUAUUGUUGUUGUUGAUCUGUCAAGAUCAAGUUUUCCCAUUAUUCUACUUAUUCGUUGUUUCUGGUGAUUUUAUGCAUAACUUAAACAGCAUAUGCCAGUUUAAAUCCUUGAUGUAUAAAUCUAUUGAUUUUAUUGUCAGACUCUGCAUUGAAUUAAAAUUAAUUUGUGGUAUAUGUCGUGUAUAGUAUUACAGGACUAUGGUUAUAUCUGACAUUUGAUUUACAAAGUACAUAAGCAAUGUAUUUUGCUCUUCUGAGUAAGCUAUAUUUUUCAGUUAUAUACAUAACGUGUAUAUAUAGAGGAUGUUACUUGCAUUUCCAUUUCUCAUAAGAAUAUUUAACGAGUCAGGUAUCAGAACGUUUUUAGCCAGUCUCAGAAAACGUUUUUAGCCAGUCUCAGAAAAAAAAAAUACAAAUGCUCCAAAUCAAAGGAUUAUAAAUAGAAUGAACUCCCUUAUUUAUGCUGAAUGUUAAGAGGUACCGAAUGUUGAGGUUUUUUCCCCCUUAUAUUCAUGUUCCUGAUGCAAACAUUUACUUUAUAUUUUCUACAGAUCUGACCAAGGUAUACCUCAUAGGAAGCUUGAAAUGCUUUAUGUGUCACCACCUCAGUGAAAGUGUUGAUAGGAAAAUAGAAAUAGCAAUGUACUUUUAACUCCACUCUAGAAUCUUUAAAUACAAAUAUUUUAUAUUUACAUGUACAUAUAGCUAUAUUUAUUACAUUUGUCGCAGUGAAAUAUAAGAUUUUAUGGGGAAAUUGUGAGUGAUAUCUUCAGUAAGUGAAAACAUGUUUUUAUAUUUUCACUCGUUUUUGACCAAUCAGAUCACAGCAUUUGCAGUAAAAAAACCAAUCCUCCCAGAGGGCAUUUUGUACUUCAGGAACAACAACUCUGGUGUAGAUAGGCCUGUUGCUAUUUUAUUGAUCCAGGUGAAUUUGAUUUUAAUCAUUAGAUUGUUUUGUGUAUUAUAUGAUUUGAAGAUCUUUGUCUACUAGAUGUGAAGCUGCAUAUCAAGUACUGUAUUCAUCUUGCAAUUUACCAGAAGAUCAAGAAUGAUCCUGACACCAGAGUUUAUUUUAAAGUUGACAUCAGUUCAGCUACUUCUUUCUGGAGCGUUUUUUGCUAAAAAAGACCAUGACAUUUACUUCAGUGACACUGGAAAUUUACUGUGAACAUAUCAAUAUUGCCUUUCCUGUUUACAUGCAGUGUUUCUAAAACUAAUUGACCAGUCAUUUACAGUAAAACAUCUUAUCAGUGUAAAAUACAAAAGAAAUCUGAAAAUGUGAAUGACAUGUUAUAUAUAUAGUUUUAAUAUGGUGUCCUCGAGUUGGGAGUUUACUUUUAAAACUGAAUAUCCUGUAAUUGUAUAAUAAAAAGUGAUCGAUGUGUUAUGUGGAAGGAAAUGGCUGGAGUUCUGUACAAUAUCUCUAGCUGAGUUAAGCUAGCAAGUGGUGUCUAUGAAGAGGUAACAGGUAAAAUUGUAUUGUAAAAUAUUGAGAGAAUGUGAACCAAGCAAGCACAUCAGACCACCUAUUACACAACUGUGUUCUUUUUAUUUGUAAAUUUUGUAUUGCAUUUUCUUGACCUUUCAAAUUUACUUAUAAAUAACUGGCAAUGGAAUUACAACCUAAGAAUGGGAAACUGGCCCCCAUUUCUUUAAAAUAAAUUCACUGAAAGUUUUA